CUUCUACUGCUAAGUUAUCUCCCGAAAGAAUCUGAAUUUGGUCCUUGCUUUUUCAAAAGCUCACUUCUACUCCUCCUCACCCCUCCGAUCUCAAUGGCGGCCGCUGCGGCUACUCUCCUCUCUAACGGCGACGCCAAGCCUCAGAACACUGGCCGCUUCACCUCCGUUUACAGUGAAGUUCAGAACAACCGUCUUGAUCACUCUCUCUCCCUCCCUGCUGUCCUUCGCAAAUCCUUCCAAGUCGUCGACGGUCCUCCCAGCUCCGCUGCCUGCAAUCCAGAUGAGAUAAAAAAGCUGUUCCCAUGCUUGUUUGGACAACCAUCAGCAGUGUUGGUACCAGGUGAUGCUGGAAAUGCACCACAAAGCUUGAAGGUUGGCGUGGUGUUAUCAGGAGGCCAAGCUCCUGGAGGACACAAUGUUAUUUCUGGAAUUUAUGAUUACUUGCAGGAUCGUUGCAAAGGAAGCACGUUGUAUGGGUUUAGGGGUGGACCAGCUGGAAUUAUGAAGUGCAAGUACACAGUGUUGAAUUCAGAAUAUAUCUACCCAUUCAGAAACCAGGGUGGAUUUGAUAUGAUCCGUAGUGGUAGAGACAAGAUUGAGACUCCUGAACAGUUUAAGCAAGCUGAAGAAACUGCAUUGAAACUUGAUUUGGAUGGGCUUGUUGUGAUCGGUGGUGAUGAUUCAAAUACAAAUGCAUGUCUCCUUGCUGAGAACUUCAGGAGUAAAAACAUGAAGACUCGGGUGAUUGGAUGUCCAAAAACAAUUGAUGGUGACUUGAAAUGCAAAGAGGUUCCAGCAAGUUUUGGAUUUGAUACUGCCUGCAAGAUAUAUGCUGAAAUGAUUGGAAAUGUCAUGGUAGAUGCUCGCUCAACUGGAAAAUAUUAUCAUUUUGUACGUCUUAUGGGGCGUGCUGCUUCCCACAUCACUUUGGAGUGUGCUCUGCAAACCCAUCCUAACAUUACUCUUAUUGGAGAAGAGGUUGCAGCUAAGAAGCAGACGCUUAAGAAUGUGACCGACUACAUUGUAGAUAUAAUAACAAAACGCGCAGAAUUUGGGUACAAUUAUGGCGUGAUUCUCAUCCCAGAAGGGCUUAUAGAUUUCAUUCCUGAGGUCCAGCUGCUCAUUGCAGAGCUUAAUGAGAUUUUGGCUCAUGACGAAGUUGAUGAAGCUGGUCUUUGGAAACAGAAACUCCAGCCUCAGUCCCUGGAGCUCUUUGAACUUUUGCCUGCAGCAAUUCAGGAACAACUGAUGCUUGAGAGAGAUCCACAUGGAAAUGUCCAGGUUGCGAAAAUCGAAACAGAGAAAAUGUUCAUUCAAAUGGUUGAAACUGAGUUGGAGAACAGGAAGCAGGCUGGUGCUUACAAGGGUCAAUUUAAAGGACAAUCUCAUUUUUUCGGAUACGAAGGAAGGUGCGGUUUGCCUUCUAACUUUGACUCUACAUACUGCUAUGCACUGGGUUAUGGUGCUGGAGCACUGCUUCAAAGUGGGAAAACGGGAUUAAUUUCAUCAGUUGGGAACUUGGCCGCUCCAGUUGAAGAAUGGACUGUUGGAGGAACGGCAUUGACUUCAUUAAUGGAUGUUGAGAGGCGACAUGGUAAGUUCAAGCCAGUGAUUAAAAAAGCAAUGGUGGAACUUGAAGGUGCACCAUUCAAACAAUUUGCUUCGCUGAGAGAAGAGUGGGCUCUCAACAACCGAUACAUUUCUCCUGGUCCUAUUCAAUUUGUUGGCCCAGCAUCUGACAAGGUUAAUCACACAUUAUUGUUGGAAUUUGGUAUUCAAGCUUAAGUAGGUAUAUCACAGAGUAUCUUUUUGCUUCUUUGAAAGGAUGAACUGCCAGGUUAUGCACCCUUCUAAUGUUCAAGCAACAUCCAAUUGUUCACCGUUCCUUUUCGUUGCUUUCUUCUCAAGGACGCUUGUCCCUUAUAAUGUCAACAGCCUAGUUUUGACUUGUUUUUUUGUUGCUUUUUGAUCUGAAUAACAUUCUAGAUUUCAAUCAUCAUAUGCAAUCAGAAGAUAUUAAACUGUUAAUUAAAACCAUCAACUGAUGUCUUCUUUGCUUUCAUUUUAGGUUCAGAUUUCUUCUAGAUAUUGUGCUGUAAUUGCCAUUCGUGGCCCUAAAAAGAUUUCUGCUUGGGGCUCUUAUAUAUACAUCUUGCAGUGACUGUUAAGAUAUCCCUUUCCAUUUUCUUCGGAGGACAGUGAAAUACCAAGUUCUGCGCCCAUUUUUAA